AUGAAUGCAAACAUCGUGGAGGAUGAACAAAAGAAUGAGGAGCUGAGCAGGUUUAUUUACAUACUGGAUAAAGAAUUUAAAUUGUGUAAAGAGGAAGCGAAAAAGGAAGAGGAAGCGAAAAAGGAAGAAGAAGCGAAGAAAGAUCGAGGGGGGGAAAAAAAAGAGGAACAGGAUGAAUAUUACAGCAAUUUAAAAAAAGAGAAAGGAAUAGAAGUAUUACCAAAUGAAUACGCAUCAUCAUUAAGUAUAAGUAAAAAAUAUGACUUAGAUCAUAAUAAAGUAGUUGGAUUAAUGAAAAAGUUAGAAGUAUUAUAUUAUAUUAUUAAUACUGUAAAAACUUUUAAUACGUACCAUUUGACGGAAGAAGGAUUACAAUACUUGAAGGAAGGAACGCCAGAAUAUCUUGUCCUUAAAUAUGUAGUACUAGAGAAGAAAACAUGUAGUAUAGAGGAUUUAAAAAAAAAAUUUGGAAAGAAAGGUGAUAUUGGUUUGAACGUUAACUUGAAGAACAGGACAAUCCAGCUAAACAAGACUGAUAAAUCGUUGAGUUCAAGUGUUGAUGUGAACAAGCUUCAGGAUGUAACUCAGAUGUACUUGAGCCUUAUUGAUAUGCACGGACAUGAUGAACAAUUACUAAUGAAGGAGGUGGAGAGGGUUGGCCUAAUUAACGACGUUAUUACCGAUGGACAUGUUAGCUGUGUGAUGCAAAAUUUGAGGAAGAGAAAGCUGGUAGAGGUAAAGAAAAAUUCUUAUUGUUAUGUAGUAAAAACAAGUGCCUUUAAAAAAGACAUAAAAAAGCAGAUAACCGAUUUGAAUUAUUUAUUAUUAAAAAAUGAAGAAUAUAAAAAAUAUGAUAUUAAAGAAUAUAAUUUUUUUUCAAGUGGAAAGAAAAUAAUUAAGGGUACUUUACACGUUUUAACAAAACAGAUGAGAAUUUUUAAGGAUAUAUUUAUAUCAUUGGGAUUUGAAGAAAUGGAAACACAUAAUUAUGUAGAAUCCUCCUUUUGGUGUUUCGAUGCUUUAUAUAUACCACAGCAACAUCCAAGUAGAGAUUUACAAGAUACUUUUUUUAUAAAAGAUCCAGAAAUAUGUCAAGAUAAUUUUAUUGAUAUAGGAUAUAUCGAAAAUGUAAAAAGAGUGCAUUCUGUAGGUGAUUAUGGAAGUUUUGGUUGGAAUUAUGAAUGGAAAAUUGAAGAAAGUAAAAGAAAUGUACUCCGCACACACACGACUUCUAAUUCGUGUAGAACUUUAUUCAAAUUAGCAAAAGAGUAUAAUCGAAAAGGACAUAUAAUAUUACCAAAAAAAUAUUUCAGUAUUGAUAGAGUUUUUCGAAAUGAAAAUCUUGACAGUACACACUUAGCGGAAUUUCAUCAAGUGGAAGGAUUAAUAAUAGAUAAAAAUUUAGGACUUGCUCAUUUAAUCGGUACCUUAUCUGCAUUUUAUAAAUAUAUAGGUAUACAUAAAUUAAAAUUUAAGCCAGCAUUCAAUCCUUAUACUGAGCCUUCAAUGGAAAUAUUUGGUUAUCAUGAACAAAGUAGAAAAUGGCUUGAAGUUGGAAAUAGCGGCGUUUUUCGACCUGAAAUGUUAAGGGCAAUGGGUUUUCCAAAAGACGUAUCGGUCAUUGCCUGGGGGCUAAGCUUGGAAAGACCCACUAUGAUCAAGUAUAACGUUAAGAAUAUUAGAGACCUCUUUGGUUACAGGAGUACUCUGUAG